AUGCCUCUGACGCCCAUCCACGUCAGAGGCAAGCGAAAGGCACCCUCCAGCAAGACGCCGAAGGGUUUGGACAGCCCACCGCAGAAGAUGAGAAAGUCGCUCGGCACCGUUCUCGCUGGCCGCGCAACCCGCACCCGCGCAACGCUCGAGUCCCUCCCGUAUGAGAUUCUGGAGAGCAUCCUGCUCUACAGCACCAAUCUGUCGCUGCCUCGUGCGAGCCUGAUCGUCGGCCUCAAGCUUUCGAACCGUGCGACUCUGCUGCGGCUUUUCAUAUGGGCCUUCCACGAGACCUGGGAGCAGUCGUUUGGCAUUCCCGCCCGGCAGCGUCUCCUCCACGUCGGACAGAGCGCCCUACUGGAGCUGCCCUGGGCCAAGAUCGACUUCAUCCUGCAAGCGCAGCAGGCCUGGGCCGAUCGCUAUGCGCGUGACCGGUGGUAUCAGCACAGCCUUCCCUGGCGAGAGGAAUUCAGCUCUGGGGAACACGACCACGAAGGAGGCCUCUCCCACUUCAACGCCCGCGAGUGCUUCAAGGUCGACUACCAGGAAGCGCGCCGAUGGCCGGCCUUCUUCGCCACAUCGCUGCAGUGGCGCGGCCAGGACGUCCACCCCUGGACACGCAUGCCUGUGGAACUCAUUUCAGGCCCGUGGGAUGACGAACAGUUGCGACGCCUCUUCUGGCUCAGCCGCGGCGGGCUCAAGAUCGGUAACGAAGGCCAACGCGUGCCUCCCUGGGAGGUCAAGCUCCAGUGCCUCGACAACGCCGUCUUGUCCGCGCCAGUUCCGAACAGCCUGGUCAUCAACUGCCUGAUGCAGGACUGGAUAUUUACGGACCUACCAGAGGAUGAGGUCAGAAAGCAACGCGUUAGCCUCGACAGACGGAUCGAAUGGGGAGGAGACUCGCCGGAAGACAAGCAAACUUUGCGGCAGAUGAGGACCGCGCUGGUCUUCUUAUCAGAGCACGAAUACACCAUGCCUCGUUGA